UGUGCUUAUGAUUGUUAUUGACUUGGAAAGAGAAAAAACCUUCGCACAAUUUCUAUCCAUUUUCACUUUAGACAAUUAACAUUAACGACUUUACCUUAGGAAAAGAAACACUUCAUGGCUUCCCAAGUAGAACCAAAGCUUCCCAUUAUUGAGUUCACAAAUGAAAACUUGAGCAGUGGCACAAGCUCUUGGAUAUCAACAUCCCAAGAAAUCCGACGUGCGCUGGAAGAAUACGGCUGCUUUGCGGCAGUGUACAAGAAAGUGUCACCGGAGCUCCGGGAGGCCAUGUUCAAUCAUUGCAAGGAGUUGUUCCAACUUCCUUUAGAAACUAAACUCCAAAAUACUUCUGAUGUUUUGGGGUUUGGAUAUGGUGGAAAUUUCCCUAACAUGCCUCUUGCUGAAUACUUUGGCAUUGAAAAUGGUGGAACUCUUGACUCAACCAAGAAUUUUGCCAAGCAGAUGUGGCCCAAUGCCAACGUCGAUAAAUUUUGUGAAGAAACAAUUUCAUACUCUAAAUUGAUUGCUGAACUGGACGAUGCGGUGAUUCAAAUGAUAUUGGGAAGCUAUGGCUUAGAGAAAUAUUACGAGCCUCUAAAAAAUUCGUAUAUGUAUUUGAUGAGAUUUAUUAAAUAUCGAAGCCCGAAAAUGGAUGAAAUAAACAUAGGUCAUCUACCUCAUAGAGAUAAAUCAUUUAUGGGGAUCAUUGACACUAAUCAAGUAGGAGGUUUGGAGAUGCAAACAAGAGAUGGAAAUUGGAUGACUUUCCAUCCCUCCCCAUAUAAAACUGUCGUAUUCAUUGCUGGUGAGCCUUUCACGGCAUGGAGCAAUGGUAGGGUAUAUGCUCCGAUGCAUAGAGUGAUUAUGAAAGGAACAGAAGAUAAAUAUUCGCUCGCAUUAUUCUCAUUUAUGAGGGGGACAGUGAAAAUACCAGAGGAGCUAAUUGAUGAUGAGAACCCACAAUAUUUCAAGUCAUUUGAUCACUUUGAAUAUCUGAAAUACUGCGCAACAGAUGGCUGGAAAGAGAAAAAUCCCAUCAUAGCUUUUUGUGGUGUUUGAGCUUUUAUUGAACAUUAUGAUAUUUCAUUUUCAACUUUAAUUUCUUGUAAUUUCACGUGGUUGUUUGCUGCUUUCUACUUUCAACUGUGCUUAACUACAUAUGUAAAAAUCUUAAUAUGGGUAGUAAAAUGAUUUACUACUUAAUUACUACUCCUAUCAUGUACCACUGUACAAGUAUCGAAUACGGGAAUAAAAUUAUAUUUUGUGAUU